GUUGGAAAGGGUUUUGUUCUAAACACCUUUUCUGCAGUAUCCAUCUUCUCUUGCAAUGCCAUGGCCUUGAAUAAUGUUCUAUACAUCUUGUUUUUAGACAUCAAGCAAUAACUGUGAUAAACAUGUGCACUGGUGCUGAAUCUCGAGGAAUUGUGAAUGGUGACCCCGUGACUAAUUCAAAGGUUGGAAUGAGAAUCAGAGAAGAUGGUGAAGGAACCAGAAACUGUGACUGUGGCAGAUUCGUUGAAAAUCUUCAUCAACAAUUACAUCACCUCCUCAAAACCCUUUUCCCUACCCUUUCGCUUUCUGAGGUGAAAGAAGAGUUGAAAUCACUAGCCAAGAUUUCAGGUCCAAUAAUGAUGACCAACGUGCUUCUGUACUCUCGAUCUGCCAUCUCCAUGAUUUUCUUGGGUCGCCAAGGCGAAGUGGAGCUAGCAGGAGGAUCCCUUGCAAUAGGGUUUGCCAACAUCACUGCCAAUUCCUUCCUCAAGGGUCUCACCAUGGGAAUGGACCCAAUUUGUUGCCAAGCAUAUGGUGCAAAAAGAUGGUCAGUUCUCAGCCAAACCUUCUGCAAAACCUUGUGCCUCCUCCUCCUAGUUGCCAUCCCCAUUUCAUUUCUAUGGCUAAACAUGUCACCCCUCCUUCAGUGGCUAGGCCAAGACCCUGAAGUCACAAAGGUUGCACAAGUUUACAUGGUUUUCUCUAUCCCAGAAUUGCUUGCACAAGUUCACCUCAACCCCUUGAGAUCUUUUUUAAGGACACAAGGCCUAACUGCCCCUCUAACUGUGGCUGCAUCUUUUGCUGCCAUCUUACACCUCCCCAUCAACUACUUCUUUGCAUCAUAUUUGAAGCUAGGAGUCAAGGGCAUUGCACUAGCCACAGGCUUGAACACCAUAAACAUGAUCCUAGGCUUGGUGCUCUAUCUUGUUCUCUCAAAGAAGCCACUAAAACCUUGGGAAGGGGCCACAAUUGUUUCUGCUUUUCAUGAUUGGAGACCACUACUAAGCCUAGCAUUGCCUAGUUGCGUCUCAGUGUGCUUGGAGUGGUGGUGCUACGAGAUAAUGCUCUUCCUAUGUGGCCUUUUGAGUAAUCCACAAACCACAGUUGCAACCAUGGGUGUGCUUAUUCAAACAACCGGGUUCCUAUAUGUGUUCCCGUUUUCAUUAAGUGCUGCAUUGACAACACAAAUUGGUCACUCACUUGGGGCAGGCCAACCCUUACGUGCUCAAAGCAUAGCCACGGUUGGACUCUUCAUUGCAUUUGCUUUAGGGGUCUCAGCCUUUGUUUUCUUGAUGUUUGUGAGGAAUGUGUGGGGUAAACUCUUCACAAGUGAGGCACAAAUUGUUGACAUGGUCACCACCAUUCUUCCAAUUCUGGGGCUGUGUGAGAUUGGUAACUGGCCUCAAACUGCAGCGUGCGGGAUCCUAUCUGGGACUGCACGACCUUAUGUGGGUGCAAGGAUCAACUUGUGUGCGUUUUACUUGAUUGGUUUACCCGUGGCAGUUUUUGCUGCUUUCAUGCACAGAUAUCAGUUGAGGGGUUUGUGGUUUGGAAUGUUGGCAGCGCAAGUUUCGUGCUUUUGUAUGAUGGUUUACGCAUUGAUUCAAACAGAUUGGGGGCAUCAGAGUAAAAGAGCUGAGCAAUUGGCUCAAGUAACACAUGAUGAGGAAUCUGGGCUCCUUAAUUCUGAUUUGUGAGAUUUGUUUAAAUCAAUUUUGCGCAAUGAUAGGCAUUAGAACACGACCAAAUUACAAUUGUUGAGAUUUCUUGUCAUUGUUCUUGCGUUCUAAUAGGGAUUAGGAACAUUAAUUAUUUCUUCAUUUUUUUUCCCUUCGUAUUCAAUUAGAUGUACAUGAGAAAAGGUUUCUUUCGAAUUCAUUCAUGAUGAAAUUUUA